AUGUGCGUCAGGCAAUUUGAUGGGUCGGAAGUUGCCGGGUUGGGAAGAGCCAAAUUGGGAGUUAAUCUUAUUGAUGUAAUAUUCUUCCUGGAUUUAUGGGUGGUGAAGGAAAACGUGGAGACCAUUAUGUUUAUGGGUUGGGAUUGGAUUACUUAUGUAAUAGGUGAUGUUGAACGAGAAGAAAUUUCAGAAAAUUCUGAUAACAAAAUUGGUGAAAUUUCGGAAGAAGUAAUGGAUAGAUCAACCGGGGGAAUAAAUGAAUGGGAUACCGUGAAGAGUGCUAUUGCCAUUUUAGUUAGACAAUAUGGUAUAAUUUUUGAAGAAAAAUUGGGAUGCUUAAAUGAUUAUCAGGUGGAUGUUCAACUUAGAGAGGGAAUUAAUUUUGAGUGGAAGGAUGUACAGCAAAUUGCGUUUGAAAUUUUAAAGGAAAAAAUUGGAAAGGAGCCGGUUUUGGUAUGUUUUGAUAAUGAAUUGGAAAAUGUUUUGGCGGUGGAUGCUUCAAAUAAAGGAGUUGGUGGGGCGUUAUUACAGGUAAUAGAGGGCUUGGAGAGACCCGUGUUGUUUUUCUCGCGUGUUUUUCGUGAGGUGGAGACCAGGUAUUCUGUGAUUGAACAGGAGGCCCUGGCAGUGAUGUUCGGUUUGACAAAAUGCCGUGAGUAUUUGAUUGGUAAAAGAUUUGUAGUUUUUACUGAUCACAAACCGUUAAUCCACUUAUUCCGGAAGGACAAUCGGGAGUUAAUGAUGUCUCCCCGGUUACAACGUUGGUUGUUGUUGGUGGGCAGCUUUAACGUGGAGAUCCGAUAUCGUCGGGGUAGAGAGAAUUGUUUGCCUGAUAUUUUGUCCCGAUUAGGAUUAAAUGAAAGAAAUGACGAAGGGAAUAAGGAUAAUGUUCGGGACAAUGAGAAAGCAUUGGUGUGUUUGCUUUCGCAUAUGCUCCGAGGAGGUCCUACCAACUGGGAAGAACUUAAAGUCAGUACUUUAAAAGAUAAAGAGCUGAGUCAAAUAAAAUUAUAUUUAACGGGGAAAAAACCGUGGGAAAAUAAUGGUAAAAAUUUUAAGAAAAUUGAAAAGGAUGAUUGUGUAAUUAGGGCGAAUAGAGAGGCAAUUCCUUAUAAAUUACGUGGCAAAAUUUUUAAUUUAUUACAUGCGGGGCAUCAAGGUCGGGAAAGGAUGAAAUCUUGA